CAGGGAGUCCUGAAUUUCGUUUGAAGGUGCUUCCCUCUAAGUUCCAGAGGGAGAAGUUUCUCAACACGAAGCAGGAGGCCAGCACUGGGGGGAGUUUUCUGCCCAGAAUUGGCCCACGGAUGGACCUGAGCAAGACUGGUCCAAAGAUUGCUCGGAUGGUGAAGGUGUGCAUGGAGAGCUCACCUUAUUUCCAGCUGGCAUGCCCCAGUGAUGUGUACCACAUCGUGCCACCAGGAGCCUCUGCCCCUGUGCGCAUCCGUUUCACCCCCAAGGAGAAUAAGGAUUAUUCCCACGAACUCGUCUGCAAGACUGCAAAGGAAAAGAUAGUUGUGCCUAUUCGGGCCAUUUGUGCCCGAGCCGUCCUGGACUUCCCUGACCAGCUGGCCUUCUCCACGUGUCCAGUCAAUCACAGCACCCAGAAGACUCUGCUGGUUCACAACGUUGGUAACCGGGUAGCUCAUUACCAGCUGAGCAGCCAGAGUCCUUUCUCCGUGGUUCCAGCCACAGGAACUCUGGGCGCUGGUGACACCAUGGAGGUGACAGUGGGAUUUCACCCGCUGACAAACGAUGACUAUUCUGGGUCCCUGUGCUGCAACACAGGUGAAGAAAGUAUCCACACAAAGCUCUAUGGAGAAGCUGAAGAUGUCAAUGUUGUGUUGAGCACAAAUUCCGUGAAGUUUGACAAGACUUUCAUCACCAUGUCAAACCAGACAACCAUGUACAUUGAAAACAGGAGUAACAUCACAGCCCACUUCCAGUGGAAGGCUUUUCCUGCUGAGGAAGAUGACAAUGAAGAGAAAAAGAGGCAGUGUCGUUUGCUGCAGCCAUCGAGUGAGGUGUGGCUGGAAAACUUCAUGGAGGAGAAAGAAAUAGAGAAGGAGAAGGGCUUUUGUGAAGAUUACACUGCCCUCCUGAGCAGCAUGGUCCAGGAGAAAAUGGCAAAGGUGCAAGAAGACCCCUUGCUGUUCUCCGAUGACUUUUUUUCCAUUGAGCCAAUGGAGGGAGAAAUUGGGCCGAAUUGUUCGGCUGAAAUCAAGGUGACCUUCAAACCCCUGGAAGCACUGGAAUAUCAAAGUGUGGCUUAUUGCAGCAUCUCAGGCCGUGAGAGCAGGCCGCCCCUGUACCUCAGAGGGGAAGGCCAAGGACCCUUGGUUGGACUCAGCUCUGAUACGCUGAGCCUUGGCUACCUUUUUAUCGACACCUUCUACGUCUAUGAGGUGAAACUGAUUAACCAAGGAGCUCUUGAUGCUCCCUUCACCUAUAUCCCUUCAACCACAAACGUGGACUUCUCCUUCAAGUUUGCACCUGAGGAGGGCAUCAUUGCACCAGGUGGGACCCAGACUAUUCAGGUCUCCUUCAAAACCACCGUGUUGGGGUGGUUUGAGGAAGAAUUCCAGUUCAGUGUGGCUGAAUCUCCUACACCUGUGAUCCUGACCAUCAAGGGCUGUGUCACUGGACCAAGGUUACACUUUGACGUCCCUGAGCUCGACUUCGGGGACAUCUCCUUUGGCUUUCCCUUCACCCAGAGCUGUCGCCUCACUAACAACUCCGUGGUGCCCCUGACGUUCAAGCUCCGCGUGUUGGACGAUGGCGCGCAGCCGGCUGUUAGCAGCUUUGAUCAGAUACGCAGUGACAGUGACCCAUCCUGGAGGAAUGGAAUUGAUUUUUGUCUGCAGCCAAGGGAGUUUACAAUGAAUCCCAGCCAAGGGACCAUCCUCCCCCAGGGACACCAGGAUAUCGAGGUGACCCUGUGUUCCAACACCAUGACGACUUUCUGCCGGAGAAUGCUGGUGGACCUGGAGGGUAUUGCCAAGGGAGUGGCAUCACUGAUCCUCAGAGCCAGGUGUAUCAUUCCUAAGCUGCGAGUGUACCCCCGAGUCCUGCAGUACAAGGAGUGCUACCUGAAGGUGCCAUACGAGAGGAGUCUCUACGUUUCGAAUCCCACCAACAUUCCUGGCUGCUACGGGCUUAUUCCCCAGGAAUUACAGAGCUCUGGACUGCUGGAAAAAAUCUACCCAUCUCCGUGUCAGAUAACGUUUGGUACAAUCCAAGCUCUACAGCCUACUUCACAAAGCUUUACCCUCUUCAACAAAGGUCUCAUCCCUGCAGACUUCAGGAUAGAGAUUACUGAAAAACCCCACUGCUUUGUUAUUGACCCCAGAGAAGGAGUGAUCCCCGCUAGGGGUGAGGUUCCUGUGACUAUCACAGCAACCCUGGAUGACACUGGGUUUUUUUGUUACUCUAUCAAACUGUUCAUUGGGAACAGCCUUUGGAGAACAUUGUUCCUCCAGGCCUUGAGCAUUGGCACCACAAUUAUCAUAGACAAACCAUUCACCCCAGAGAUCAACUUGGGAUACCAAUUCAGCCUCCUUCCCUGUAUUCGUCGGUUCAAAGUAACAAACCGGGGCUGCCGUUUCCAUCGGCUCUUCUGGAAAGCAGACUGCUGCAGCCCACCCGAGGAGGAGGCCCAGAGUGUCUCAGCCCUCAGUAGCCCCAAGGAUGAUUCCCAGAGCCCCAAACGUGCCAACCCUGCGUUUGGGGUGGAGCCAUGGUCGAUGGAGCUGCAGCCAGGCCAGUCUGGGGACAUGGUGCUGCGAGGCUUCUCCCGCAUCGCACAGGAGGUGCAGGAUUCUGUGUUCUGUGAAGCGAUGAUUGGGUUAGACCCCAUGCCAAAGAAGAUUAUAGAAACAAUCGUUACCUGCGAGUUUAUUCACCCCUCUAUAGAAGUGUCAGCCAGACAAUUCUCUUUCCGGGUGGAGAAGAAACCCAGUGAUGUCCUGAGGCUGCAGUACCAGCCUCUGUCUUUAAAAAACACCUGCCUGCUGCCACUGGACCUUAUGCUGGCCUUGGAGCAGCCAUUCCUGGUCUGUGAUGAGGACCAGCAGCCCCUCCCAGAUGGCCAGGCUUUCAGGAUCGUGCCACUGUCAGGUGUGCUGCAGCCAGGAGAGAGCCAGCAGGUCUCCUUCACCUUCUGUGGCCACCUGGACACCAUCUCCAAUGUCACGGCGCUGUGCCACGUGGAGGGAGGCCCCAGCUACGAGGUGGUGCUGACCGGGGAGGCCUCACGUGCCAGCUACUCCCUGAGGCCCCGGGAGAUCAGCUGUGGCUCUCAGAUGUUUAAUGAAAUUCAUCACAGCAGUGUCACCCUGGCAAACAGUGGCAAGACUGUAUUCAGCUGGGUGCUAAACCCUAGCCCUGCAGACAAGCAUUUGCCUGGUGUGUUUCUGGUCAAGCCCACCACUGGCUCCAUUGCACCUGGCAAGAAGCAAGUGCUGAAAUUCUCUUACAUGCCGGGAUUACCAGGAGCCUUCAGCAGGACUUACCAGCUUAAAGUGGGUGACCUGGACCCAGAAAAUAUCUGCCUGAAAGGAGAAGCAUCCUUUCCCAUGAUCAGUGUCAACCUGCCCUGGAACAUCAAAGGAGCCUUCAGCAGGACUUACCAGCUUAAAGUGGGUGACCUGGACCCAGAAAAUAUCUGCCUGAAAGGAGAAGCAUCCUUUCCCAUGAUCAGUGUCAACCUGCCCUGGAACAUCAAAGGAAAUGAAAAAUAUGAGAAGACACUGAAACAGCUCCUAAGACCCCUGCAACAACAGAAGACUCAGAGCCUGAAGACCAAGACCGUGAAGUCUCAGACCCUGAAAACUCAGACCACUAAGAGAAAUGAAAAAUAUGAGAAGACACUGAAACGGCUCAUAAAACGCCGGCAACUAUACACUCCAGGAUAUAAAUCAGUUGUUCAGAAGAAGACACAGAGCCCAAAGAGCAAGACCUUGAAGUCUCAGACCCUGACAAUUCAGACCUUGAAUAUUCAGAAUGUGAAGACUCAGGACCUGAAGCCCCACAUCUCUCAUUCUGGCAUUGUAUCAAACACCAAGCUGCAGAUAAAGAUGAUGAGAAUGUUGAUAGAGAAAGCUGCUCUGGAGCUGCAGGAAAAGCUCACAUCCCAUCCCCCAAAGAGCAGAUUCCCUGACAAGGAGCUGUGCCAGAGUCUUGUCAAAGUUGAGCUGCUGGAGUAUGUCCUGGACAUGGGCCCUGUCCUUAAGGGUUACACUGAGACACGCACUCUGAAGAUCACCAACCCUGGGCAGAUCCCAGUGUCCUUCCAGGCCAAUGUAUCUGUCCUGCAGGACACAGGUUUCAGUGUGGACCCGGACCAGAAGAAUGGCCUCCCCCCCAACCACACCGUGGCGUUUGACGUGCGCUUCGAAAGUGCCCACAGGCCACAGGGUGACGUGGAAGUGGUGCUGCCCAUAGAGGUGACACAAGGCCCCACAUAUAACAUCUGUCUCCGUGCCACUGUGUUGGAACUGUCACUCAGCCUCUCCAAGAAGAGACUGCAGUUCUCUGACAUCCUCGUUGGGCAGUGCCAGGUUGAGACCAUCCGACUCUACAACCAGUUCCGAGUACCCUGCAAAUGGUUCAUUACUGCCAGCAAGCCUGUUCUGAAGAAAAAUCACCUCCAAUACAUGACACCAGCCGUACGUGAGAAGCGGCAGACGCUGGAGGAUGAGCCCUGUCCCUUUGAAGUGACGCCCUCCAAAGGAACCCUUGAUCCAGGAAAGUGGCAGAACUUUAGCAUAAGUAAAUAUCUGAGGUCUUACAAGAAUGAGCUGGAGCUUAACAUUCAUGGGAGCAGCAGCCACUUGAAGCUGCACCUCUCAGGACAAGGUCUGCAGCCACGGUUGGAGUUCAGCCCCCCAGCACUAAAGAUGGGAUGGAUGCUGGUGGACAGCGAUGGUGUGGAGGCCACAGUGCGGGUGAAGAAUCCAUGCAACUUCCCCAUUGAGUUUUACUCCCUGGAUUUUGAUGAGCAGUACCUUGAGGAGGAGAAGAUCCUGCGGAUGGCAGUGGGGUCUGAGUACCAAAAGAGCUUUUUUAUGCCUCCACGUGCCGUGGGUGAGACGCUGCCCCCAGAGGUGCUGGAGGACUAUGAAGCACAGAAGAGGCUGAUGGUUCAACAGACAGAGCUCAAGACAAUGGCAGAAACCAAGGCCAGGGCUGAGGCCAAGGCCAAGGCCAAGGCCAUGGGCAAGGCAGCAGCAGCAUACAGGACUGUCACGUUCUGUCCUGAGUCCUUGGUGAAAAUGACUGGGAAUCCUAUCUCUCGGGCUGUCAUGCGCCACCUGGGCAUUGACCCAUCUUCAGGGAGGUGUGAAGCGCAGCAGCACCGAGGGAUUGUUGUCAUUGUCCAUGGGCCACCCCGGGCAGGAAAGACAGAGAUAGCAGCAGGCCUGUGUCAGUAUUACGACGCUGCUUAUGUGUCCAUUGGCACUGUGGUGGAAGAGGCCAUGGCCAACGACCGGAGCCCAGCAGGGCUCUGUGCCCGGGAGCUCUGCACCAAGGCUGCCAAGGAGCUGAAAGACAAAGAUGAAGGUGAUGCUGGGAAAGGUGCUUACUUGCUUUACAAAGCCCCUCCCAACCAUCUGUCCCCUGUGCAGUUCACAGUUUCCACUGCUCCUGCACCACAGCAGCUGAACAUCAUCAGCAGUAGUGGGAAAGAGCUGAACUGCUUGAGCUGUGUGCUGCCCGAGGACCUGCUGGUGGACAUCCUGAGUGAGAGGCUGAAGCGUAAAGACUGCUCCAAGGGAGUGAUCUUUGAUGGCUUGGAGAGCCUCUUUGCAGGCAGCCUGGAAUCUUCUCUGCUCUGCAUACUCAAAGCUGUCAAGAAUUGUCAUCAUAUCUACAUGGUGAACCUGUAUGAGGAUUAUGCUUCUUGGAAAGCCAGGGGUGAAGCUGAAAGAAAGAGGAAGGAAGCUGAAAGAGAGAAGGAAGAACUGCAGCAGGGAAAAGCUAUGCAGAGGAACACGGAGAAUGUCUUGCAAAAGGAUGAGGACAAGUAUGAUGCUCUCCCUGAGGAGAAGAAAGCAGAAGUGGAUAAAAUAUUACUGGAAAGGAAGAGUAUACAGACGGAGGGGGAGCUGAAGCAGUUUUCUGAAAAGCUUGAGGAGAAGGCAAAAGCCUUAGAGGAGGAAGAGAGGCGGAAGGAGGAAGAGAAGCAGAAGAAGGAAAAGAAGGGUGUCUUCUUGGGAAAGCAGCCUGAAAAACAAGAGAAGAGGAAAACCAAGGCCUCAGAAAAGAAGGAAACCAAAGCCCCAGAGAGGAAAGAAAGCAAAAUGCCAGAGAAGAAGGAAACCAAAUCCCAAGAAAAUAAGGAAACCAGAUCCUCAGAGAGGAAGGAAACCAAAAUCCCAAAGAAGGAGGAAACUAAAAUCACAGAAAAGGGGGAAACUAAAGCCCCAGAGAAGAGGGAACCCAAAGCUCCGAAGAAGGGGGAAACAAAAGCCCCAGAGAAGGGGGAACCCAACGCCCCAGAGAAAGGGGAAACUAAAAGUCCAGAGAAGAGGGAAACCAAAGCCCCAGAGAAGGGGGAAACAAAAGCCCCAGAGCAGGAGGAAGCCAAAAUCCCAGAGAAACCAGCUGAGAUGGAGAAGAACUUGAUCCUGAGGUUUCAGAACUAUGAGUCAUCGCAGCAGGACAUCACACAGAUUUUCUCUUACUGGGACAGGGUUCAGGGUACCGUGCAGUUACCUGUGAUCCAAAAGGGAAACAAGUCCCAGCCUUCUGCGGAAAACAAAGAUCAGAAGACCAGUAAGCCUCAGGAGAAGCCUGAACACGAACGUGGAGGCCAAAGGAGUCUUCAGUUACGUCUGCUGGGGACUCAAAGCAAAGUUGCAGAAGGGGCAGUCAGAGACGAGAAUGUUGGGGUGCCAUGCCUGGACAUCCAGGUCACAGAUCCGAAGGCCAUGAUUAAGGAGAUCCUGAGGGGUGGGAAACUGCCAACGGAAGACCAGAUGCUGAAACAUCUGGGACUGUAUCCCGACGGCCCUCCCCUUCCCCCUGCUGCUGUCCUCUCCAUAGUCGAGUACCCAGAGGAGAGGUUGGGCUCUGCAAAGCGUGUGAAGCCCUUCACCAUUGUGGCACCUGAAGGUGCUGCUGUGGAAGACAAUCUGGCCAAGGUCCCACAUGCAAAGGGCAGUUCUGCCAAGGGCCAACCACAGACAGGUAAAGCAGCCAGCAGAGACAGCUCUGCAAAGGAGAAGCAGAUCUCCACACAGAGAACAGGAAGUUCCCGGGAUUCCUCUGCAACAAGAUCCAAAAGUACACGGGAAAGUGCCUCAACCCCUACAGAAUUCCUCAGGUGAGCUGCACGGGAGGAGGUGAUGCCUCUGCUUCUUGGUCCUCUUGCCAAACAAGGUCCAUUGUCCCCAGCUCCACAGCGACCCUGUGCCAGUGCUGGGGGAUGGCGAGUGCACCCUCCUUGUUUCAUUUGCUCCUCAGCAAUGUCUGAAGCCUCCUCUUCAAUUGCCAGGCUGAAACGGUACCGGUGGAUAGUGCCUGCCCACGGUGAGGUGGAACUGAAGGUGCACUUCUCCACCAAAAAGCCAGGGAAGUUUGAGCAGACACUGAGGUUUGAGCUCGUGCAGACGAAGCGCCAGUACGAGCUGCCCUGCAGUGGCACCGGCCUGUACCCCAGCAUCUGCCAGAACCCACGGCUGGUGUUUCCACAAUGGAGGGAGACCAUGGAGGCAGAUGAAGUCAUCUUCAAGGAAUAUGUUGAGAGCACAAAGCAAUUCCACUUUGGACCACUGCUGUGUGGGAAAUCAAGAGAGUGGUACAAGGCCCAGAACUGUCCUGGCAACUCAGAGAAUAUCACCAUCCUCAACAACUGCCCCGUGGAUGCAGAGAUCCAGUUCUCCUUUGAGAAUGCUGGGGAAGCAGAGACAUUCCUUCUGGACCCUCCAAGCAUGACACUGAAACCAAAGGAGAAGCAGGAGCUGACCAUUUGGGCAUACCCCACUUCCCCUGGCUUCGUGGAAGACAAGCUCAUCUGCUGUAUUGGGAAGAACCCAGACCCAGUGGUCUUCAGCCUGUGCUGCCAUGGGGUGCCCAUGAAGCUGGAGGUCAGCCCCCGGGAGCUGUCUUUUGACAAGGUGCUUCUGCACAGGACUGACAGCAGGACCUUGGUCCUGAGAAACAACACCCUGCUGCCCAUGGCCUGGCAGCUCAAUGGGCUGGAUGACCUUGUUGAGGACUUCUCCUUGUCACAAGAAAAUGGCACCAUUGAUCCCCACUCAGAGUUUGAAGUGACACUGCAUUUCAAGCAAAAGAAUAAUCUGAACAGUGUUUGCUUCUUGCUGCCUCAGGUUUCAGAUACAGAAAACAUCCUGGGGAUUGUUCAGGUUGAAAACAUUGAAAUCUCUGCAGAGGUCUAUGACGUUUCUCUGAGCAUCGACAUGCCUGAAGGUCCAGAUGGAAGCUUGGAAUUUGGAACCAUUAAUGUCCUGAAUAAUGUGAAGAAAGUCCUGAGUCUAAAGAACAAAGGGGUAUACGACAUUGAGUACAGUUUCAUGCUGAAGGGUGCAGGUCCCAGCAUGCAAGACUUGGCAUCCUACUUCACUAUUGAGCCUCAGUCAGGUGUGCUAAUUGCCUCCCAGCCUGGUGUGAAUGUUGGGAUGCUCUUCCACCCCACAAGUGAAAUCCUCCUCAAGAACAAACCCAUCCUGUGCUGCCAGGUGAUAGAUCCCAGCUCAGGUGAAGGAGGCCAGGCUGUCACCAGCAUCCUGCUGAGGGUGUCGGCCAAAGCAGAGUACAGCAAGUACAGCAUUGUGCCUGCCUCACCCGCCGACUUCGGUACCAUGAUCAAGGGCACCAAGGAGACUCGGACUGUUGUGCUGGAGAACAAAGGCAUGCUCAGCUUCAAAUUCCACAUCUGCCAAGCACCCGAGGAUGCAUCUGCAUUGGAAAGCAAAAGUUCAAAGCAAAAUGAAUCUGCUCCAUCAGCUACAAAGGACUCAACAGAAAGGAAAUUGAGCUCCUCGACACAGAGUCACCUCAGUCUUGGCAUGUUCACGGUGUCCCCCUGCUCCGGCUCCAUCGGUCCCUGGGGCCAGCAGAUGAUCACAGUGGAAUGCCUCGCAGGGCAGGAGGGGACAUGUGAGGAGCAGCUCUACAUUGACAUCACGGGCAGAGACCCCAAGGACAAUCCCCUCGGCAUUCCCUUCACCCUGACUGCCGAGUCCUGCCUCCCAGCACUUGUUGAGGACAUCACGUUGAUCUUCAAGGAGUACUUGAUCUGCAGCAGCACCGACCUCAGCCACAAGCUGCAGUCGGUGAAAGGCACGGGCCUGUUCAUCGGAGAUGAGAACAAAUUCAUCUUCAACAAGGUUCUGGUUGGGCAAGAGGCUGAAGCUCAUUUCAGUAUCUACAGUGCAAGCAGUCUGCCAUGUGACGUGGUUCUCUCCAUCAAACCCCUGCCUGGAAAGGAACAAAUCCCUAUCAACAACAUUUUCAAGUUGGAUCCAGUCAAGAUGUCAGUUCCUGGCUCAUCCUAUGCCGUUGCUACAGUGACCUUCACCCCACCAGAUGAGCAGAACUACGACUGCACCUUCAAGGCUUCCCUUGACAUCCCAAAAGGCUAUGUGGAAAUUAAACCCCAAAUCCUGACCUUCACCAUCAGUGGGAAGGGGCAGAAGCUGCCAGUGACAGUCGUACGCCCAAGUGCUCGCAGCAAGAGGGGAACGGCCGUGCUGCGCUUCAAGAGGCUCCGGGUGGGGGAUUCAGAGAUGCUCCCCCUGGACAUCCAUAACGACGGCAUCGUACCCGUCAAGGUGAGGAGGACCUGCUCAAGGAAUGGUCUGGUUUGGGAACAAAGGCUUGUGGCACAGGGGAAGGGUCCCAAACAGCAAGGCAGACAUGCCUGCUCAAGGAAUGGUCUGUCCCUCUAUAAGGCUGCUCUUGGAUGCCAGAAGAUUGCCCUUCUCAGCCUGACCUUCUGGCCUCUGCUGAGUGAUUCCUCCCUCUGUUUGCAGGUGAUUGAGCCAGUCCCGGAACCGGCUCACAGUGUGGUGGAGAAGAGCAGCCAGGAGGUCGAGGUCUACCUCAGUGCUGUUGUUGGCUACACCCAGUUCAAUCGGAACACGAUUGUGGUUCAGCUUGAGGAUACCUUGCCCUUCCAGACAAGGACAGCCAGGGCUGGCCCAGUGCCUGCUUCCCAGAACUCUGCCCCAGCCCAAACCAGCACAGGCCCACUGAUGUGCAUGCAAGGCCAAGCAGGAAAGCUGGGGCAGCUGCAGCAGCUUGCCAAGCAGCAGCAGCAGCCCGAGCAGCAGGACCAUUCCAAGAAGCUAUGCCGUUCAAAGAGUGUUGGUUCCUGCCUGGAAAUCUUCCCAGAUGUCGUCCGUGACCUGCCACUGUUCUCCAUCAAGCCCUACCACGGCAUCCUUGCUCCUGGCCAGAAGCAGACCUUUCACGUGCGGUUCUCCCCAAAGUGCGCGGGGAAGUUUGAGACCACCCUGCUGUGCAGGAUUCCUAACCUGGAGCUGGCUCACAAGACAGGGCAGGUGAUUGUGAAAGGCAGAGCCCAGGAGCGGAAGAGUCUUGAUAAACAGAGACGGUCUGCAUUACAGCAGACAGAGGAAGGCGAGGGACCCGAGAAGCAGGUGCUCUGGAAACCAGCAUCCAAGGGACAGUGUUUGUGUCAGCUGGAGCCUCCUGCAGGAGCCGGCAACAUCAUGCUUUCUGCUGGUGACGGUCUCCCACCCUUGACCAGAGACCUCUGCAGCUACCCUUCCAAGCUUCAGUGAACAUCUCUAGCUUACCUUUUCAUUACUGACAUUAAUUAACUGUUUAUGAGACUGAUAAUCAACUCAAAAUUAUCAAUUAAUUGACAAUUGUUAAUAAACAAUUGUUAAUAAAUUGUUAAUCUUCGGCUUGUGUUGAUUUGAAACACAGGUUGAUUUGUGUUGGUUUGAAACGCAGGGCCUCUCUGGAAUGGAGAAUGUGACCCCCUUCCCUCCAAAUUACUGUAACUUUGAAAUUAAGGGGCUUUCAGGCAACAAUAUGGGAAAAGGUGUAACAGUUCUUUGCCAGUAUGUAUAACAAGGCAAACAAACAAUAACACUGGCAGCAACAUCAAUAAGAACCAGAUACCCAACCACAGCCCUCCCUCGGCUCCAGGCACUUUCUCUUUGGUGUAGUUCCGAUCACAGCCAGGUAGUAAAGGGAGGCAAAUAAUGAAUAAAGCAAUUGCUAGAGAAAUUUUAAUUAAGCUAUACCAAGGAAUACACUGGAGAGCUUAAGGACCGAGCUCUGACACAUUGAUCACAUUGACUGUGUGAUCAAUUCUGAAGAACUUACUGCUGUGAGGGAGUCGAUACAGUAGCCAAAUAGUGACUGGACAAUGUUUGAGUCGUUAAAAGAUAAAUAAGUGAUGAGAAAACACCCUAGUGAGGGAAGAGCCCUAGCCCUUAGACCCUUUCAAAAUAUGCAAAUAGAUUACACCGAGUUCCCCAAAAUCCAGAGAUGGAAAUCUCUUCUUGGAACAGUUGAUCACCAACUGGGUAGAAGCCUUUCCUAUCUCAACUGCAACUACCUCCAAAGCGGCUAAGAUGCUGUUAGAACAACUCAUUCCCAGAUAUGGGAUAAUUGAAAGAGUGGAGUCAGAUAAGGGGACACACUUUACUUCAAAAAUUUUACAUUCUGUGUAUUGGACAUAAAUUGGAAAUUCCAUAUCUGUGGCACCCUCAAAGCUCUGGAUAUGUGGAAAGAAUGAAUGCUAUCCUUAAGAACCAUAUUACUAAAUUAAUGAUUGAAAGCAGAUUAACAUUAUUACGGAUCAGAACUGCUCCAAGAAAGGUUAUAGGAGUUUCUCACUAUGAAAUGUUACUUAAAUUACCUUGUCUGGGAAGGGAGGAGGGCUUGCCAAUGGCUGAAACUAAUGACUUACAUCUCAGAAAUUAUUUGCAAGCAAUUACACUUAUUCUCAUGGAUCUUAGCAGAAAAACUUGUUACCCCAAACAUCACCUCUAGACUUUCACAUACACCAGGUAAAACCAGGAGAUUUGGUUUGAAUAAAAUCUUGGAAAAAUCAUACCUUAAACAGCAGCAUGGGAAGGUCCCUUUCAGGUACUUUUAACAACUGGAACAGUUACCAGGACUGCAGAAAAGGAGUGGUCGGUCUCACACCUCUCAACUCAAAGGACCAGUGGAAACUCCUCCCCAAACUUGGACAGUGGUACAAAGAAGUGACCUAUUAAAGUUAAUAUUGAAAAAAUUAUUCCAUAGUGAACAGUCAAGGGCAGAACUGGACAGACCUCUGUAUUUGCCACCAGAGAGCCUUUUGCUCCACUCUGGGCUGUAAUCCCUUGGGUGUUGAGUAGUGGGCAUAUAAAUCAAACCAGACCUUGACAAAAGAGGAAUAGGAAAUGAUGUUCAAAUACUCUGGAAAUUGCUGGAUGGAGUGUCAUUGCUUCUAUGCUUCACCUCUACAUCCCUGCAGUGUGCUGUUCUAGUGCACAGAACUCAGGAAGCAGGUGUGGAUACUGAGGAAGGUAACCUUUAAUGCUGCAGUUACAGUCUGAGGUUUGCAUCAUCCGAGCAAGCACAGAUGGAACUGCUGUUGGAGGCACUGCACACAAGUGUAUCUACAUCCUACUUUACUUAAGUUGUAAGAGAACUAUGGACAGCAACAUGAUCUGACAAAUCAGGAACUUUUAAAUAGACUGAACUUAACACCGACCUAAUAAAGACUGAUUAAUCUUAUUUAUAACUACUUCACAAAAGGAGCCAGUUUGUGCUGACCAAAUGUUGAGAGCUUUGUAACAAGCUGGCUCCGAGCUAAAGGUCACAGUGAGAUUAAUUUGACCAAGAUAGAGAAUGAGGGGAGUUGCCAUUCCAAUUAAACUGUGUCCUUGGCCCACGGAUGAAGUAAUGCAC